AUUUAUUUGACAACACUUGUUAUAUAUUUAUAUAUUUAAUGUCAAGAACGUUAUAUCAAGGUAGUUGUCUAAUCUAUUACCGUUACGUGUAGUUCUUGAAUAUAAGGGACAAACUAUUAUCUCUUCUAAAAUAAUCUGUGGUGAACGGAUGAUGUCUGGGGAUUGGAGGCGUGACUUGAGAUAGAGUUAUCAAAUCACGGCAAAGAUUCGUGAGAAAACAUAAACGAAUUUUCAAAUCAUACGACGACAUAAAACUAGUUGUCAGUUUUACGUGCAUCACAUCUGUUAAACUCGAAAUAAGAAUGGAGACAUAUGAAAGUGUUUUACUUGUUAAAUCGGAAGUAUUUGUGUUUAAAAUACCACCAAGGUCAACUAAUAGAGGUUAUCGAGCAGCUGAUUGGAAUCUACAAGAACCUUCAUGGACAGGACGAAUGAGAUUAGUAUCUCAGGGAGAUUCUAUUGCUAUAAAACUGGAAGAUAAAAUUACGGGUGAAUUAUUUGCUAAAUGUCCAAUCGAACAAUAUCCUGGAAUAGCGGUUGAACCAGUCACAGAUUCUUCUAGAUACUUUGUGCUAAGAAUUCAAAAUGACAAUGGACGAUCUGCUUUCAUUGGAGUUGGUUUUUUAGACAGAUCAGAUAGUUUUGAUUUAAAUGUUGCUCUACAGGAUCAUUUUAAGUGGCUUAAAAAUCGUGAUCAGAUAGAGAAAGAGAAAGAAACACCUAAACAAGAAUUGGAUCUUCGAUUUAAGGAAGGAGAAACUAUCAAAAUUAAUAUGAAGAUAACUAAAAAAGAUGGCAGCGAAGUUGUAUCGAAAUCAAAACAACGACCUAAUUUAGGUGUUGGUUUGCCACCUCCACCAGGUGGUGUCAAAAUUGCUCCACCACCUGCUAAAACUCCAACUUCGUCCCCAGCUCAUAAAUCAGCUCCAAAUCCAAAUCAAGGAUCAACGGGUUCAGAAUGGGGUGAGUUUGCUAGUGCAUCUCAACAAUCGUCAGGACCUAGUACAACUGUAGCAAAUGCCAGUUGGGUACAAUUUUAAUUGGGUCAAAAAUAUAUCAUUGAUAGCAUAUGCUAUUUAAUACAUGCACAAAUGUACAAAGUUACAUUUGCAUGUGUUCUUAAAUAUAUCUACGUUGUUAUCUUUUAAGGGAUAGAUUUAACGCAAAUCAAGGAUGCAUCUAUGUAUGAUGUAUAAAUGAAUUCUAUAUGAUUUUGAUAUCAGUACUUAAUUGUAUAAGAUUUUAUUUGCUUUAAUUACAACAUUAACAUCAACCAAACAACAGCAACAAUAAAAUCUUGUUGUUUGUUUUAUUUGAUUUUUUGUUUUAUUUAUACUUUAUACUUUAUCGUUAUUAAACAAAUCAUUACAUAUUUCUCAUCUCAUAGAUGCAUUCUUUGUAGUCCUUGAAAGAGUACAGAUAAUUCACAAUAAAUAUUGUGUCCAAGUCUCUGAUGUUUGUAUAUAAUAU